UCCUCCGGGGGCCGUUGCGGAGAGCCGGGAAGGUGCUGCCGGCCGGGCUGUCCCCCAGCCCCGGGAGCGGGCCGGGCCGCGGCGAGCAGCGCUGCAAGCGGCGGAGCAAGGGUACUUAGGAAACUAGCUGAAGCACUCGCAGAACCAUGGCCUGGAGCAGCGAACUGCGGGCAGUGGGAGCCAUGAUCAGCCGAACUUGUGGAUGCGGCAGAUUUCCACAGUCUUUUGAAAUGGUCGGGCUAGGAAACAGCCGUCGAGGGAUGAAAUCUCCACCUCUUCUAAUAGCUGCGCUUGUGGCUUGUAUGAUCGUUUUGGGCUUCAAUUACUGGAUUGCAAGUUCUCGCAAUGUUGAUCUACAGAGUCGGAUUAUGGAACUAGAAAGGAAAGUCCGCAGGGCGGCAGCAGAGAGAGGGGCUGUUGAACUCAAAAAGAACGAAUUCCAAGGAGAGCUAGAGAAGCAGCGUGAGCAGAUUGAUAAAAUCCAGUCUCUCCACGGUUUUCAGAUGGAAAAUGUCAAUAAAGUGCACCAGGAUGAGAAGGCAGUGUUAAUGAAUAACAUCACAACAAAUGAGCGAUUUAUCCAGAAUCUAAAAGAACACUUGAUAAAGUUACAGAAGGAAUACGGAAAGCUACAACUGGAUGUGUACCAGUUUCAGAAAAACCAGACUAACCUUCAGAAGAAAUUUUCCUAUGAUAUGUCCCAGUGCAUCAAUCAGAUGAAAGAGUUAAAAGAACAAUGUGAAGAAAGGAUAGACGAGAUCACAAAAAAAGGCAGCGAGGCCCCACAGGCCACGGAAAUCAAAGAAUUAUUGAAAAAUUCCAACAAAACCUACCAGGGUAAUAGUCAGCUGCCAACUUUUAAUCAACCAGAGCUCCAGCUGCAUGACCUGGAAGAGCAGAAAGGAGAUGAGGAGCAAGAGAAGAACAAAAUUCUUGGAAAUGUAGCUCUAGAAGCAUCAAAGCCAAUGCCCAAUGUAAAAAAGGUACCAGAGAUUGAGUCUCAUGGAGACAAAGAAAGGACACGUGAUCUGGUUGCAGUGAACAAAGAGGAGCCUAAAACAGAAGCCGAGAAGCUUUUUGUUGAUCAAGGACCCCCACACGAUUCAGCCAAGAGUGCCGUGGAUCAUGAGGAACUAUCUCCUGAACUAGGAAAGGAACCGAAUCCGUAUGAGGGGGUAAAUGUUCCUAAAGAAGGUGAUGCAGAAAGGGAGUCUGUCAAAAUGCAAGAACCACCUGCAGGCCAUGCUGUCAAUCAAGAAAAUGCUGCUAAUGAAGAAGUGGAGCGGGAGCACCUCUUAAAUUAUGACGCUCAGCCGGAUGACCAGGAGCCCAGUCAGGAUGAUAAACAGGGAGCUGAAGCAGGGAACCAGAACAACAUAGCAGUUGACUAUAACCUAGAUGAAAAUGAGGCUGAAUCUGAAACUGACAAGCAAGCAGCACUGGCAAGCAAUGAAAAUAACUUGCAUGCCCCAAAUCCUGAAGAUCUGAAUAUGAAGAACCACUUAUUUGAUCAAGGUGAAGAGGAGAGACAGAGGCUGUGAAUAAGGAAGCACACCAUGUGUGACUCAAUCACCUGCAAACAAAUCCAAUCAUAAAGAUCCAGAUGAAGCUAGAAUGCUUUAUUGCCAUCUCAAGGCUUUAAAAGGGUCCCAAAUAAAGUAGAUUGCGGUUGUGAAGUUUUAGUACUAUGCUUCAAUGGUUAAAACUAUACUUUGUCUCUUACAGAGGUUUAAAGCAGUUCUGAAUUGUCAAACUUUUUUUUUACUGUUUUUAAAACCUUAAUUAGCUAGCAAUAAUUGAAAUACUUUUAAACAGUCAGCUAAGUUGUACAAUCGUACAACAAUGGCAUGAAGUAGGGGAAACAAAGUAAUUCUAAGAUCAUAUUUUGAAUCUCUACCUGUGCUUCAGAUGCUAAACUUAAACUGAUCCUCCCCCAGUAAAUGGUAUGUUUAGUCCUUAUUGUCACAAAGGCUGGAAUAGUUGACCUGACCCUCUCAAACUACUACAGGGCUUUUGGAUAGCUUUUUUCCCCCCGCUUCUGUAAUAUCAUCUCUCUUCGCCACAGAAGAAUAGCAUGGUUCCCAUGGGAGGUCAUGGCAAAGAGGCUGGACCUGCAUUCACAAAGCUAGCAAGGGGGUGUGGAUUAGCUUUACAACUCAUUUUAGGAGGAGGAUUUGGUUUCUGUCAAACUGACUUGAAGCUACCACUGUCUAAGGGAAGGCUAAAAUGGUGUGCAAUGCAUAUUCCUUACUUCACCCAUCCACCAUUGCAUUCAAAGACAUUUUUAUGUGGGUCUCCAUGAGUAAACUUGAACACAUUGAAGUUAUAUUAUGCAUAACAGAAUACAAUCACUGUACAAUGUUUUUAUUGUAACAUGUUGAAUGUAUUCAUUGUGGUAAACAAACAUACAGUACCUCCUAGUGCCAUUAGGAAAGCUUUGGGAGUGCUGGUAUCUGCUUGUUACUGCAAAGUGCCUGUUGAAGCAGGAGUUUAAAGUGGGGGAAAGUCCACCACACCAUCUAUCACAGAAGGUUCUCCACCAUGCUGUUUUAAAACAAUUAGUAUCACCCACAUUCUUAGCUACCCCUGAGGUUUGUAAAUCCUGGUUGAUAAAAGUGGGUAGGUUACAGGGAUUUGGACUCUGAUACUGAAGGUUGCCUGUAUGCCAUAGUCCAGUGUUUGACAGCAAGAGGGGAAAAAAAUGAAAGCAGCUUGCAUCCUGUAACUGCUUGUUCAAAAGGACUAUUUUUAUAAUUUGAACAAAUCCAGAUACUAAUGCAGAAUAGGAGACAGUAAAACAAGAUUAGAGGAGAGAAGAGGUGGUAGGCAUGAUUGAAUUGUACAAAGGACUGCACACUGCAUUUAAGUUAUACUCUCACAGCCAGGGAAAUCUGAUGCUUCACUCACUACUCAUGCACUUUAUUUCCUUUCCAGUUAUGUACUGUAUGCCAUAGCUCACAGUGCCAGUAAUCUGGCUAUAGUCAUUUGAGCACAAUUUUUGUAUCUUAAAUAAAGGUAGUUGCCAUACAAUAAAUAGGGCUGUGCUCAGAAGCUGCAUUAAAUCUGGCCUUUGUUAUACAUAAAUGAAUGCAUAUAGACAAGAUACGCUUACGAGAGUUGAGAGUUUCUGAAUAAUGCAACUAAGUUGUCCUAAGAAAGGCAUUGCAAUGUUCUCCUCUAUACAGUAACAAAGCCAGACACAGAAAUAUUACAUUUCUGAAACUUUCCCUCUCACAAUACAUUGUGUUCAUGGUUUGGGGGAAGGCUAUACAAACUUGAGAAGAAAAAAAAACAAGCAGUUUGUAGAGUGACAGAAGAAUGGGAGAGACAAGAGGACACCCCCUCUAAAAAUGUGGACAAAGAUGGGAUGUAUUGCCUUUGGCAGUACAGAGUUGCAGUUUUUAGUAAAAAGUUAAAUUAUCUAUCCCAACUUUCCAGCCAUUAGGUAAUAUAACUCAGACAGCUUAAAAAAAUAAGAUGGACAUUAAUUUGACUGUCAUCCAUUACAUGGGGGAUUGAAUCAUCUGUAAAUAAAAACUUACUUUCUGAAUGGUUUUUGAAGGAUUCAGAUUCUAAGUGUAAUUUUUAAAAAUGUAAAAGGCAAGGGGGCUUCUGUCAACUGUAUAGAAAAGAAUUUUAGAACUAAAGCUUUUUUCUAGUGGGGCAAGAGAAAUUAGAUUUACUCAAAACUGUGGUUUUAAAUAGCUUUGUAUAUUGCCUAAAAUCAUUUGUACUCACUUUGAGUUUCCUGAAUGAACUUGACAGGGUGGGGAACUGAUUUUUGUUCUUGUUCAAAAUGUUUUUGCAAUGAAGCCUGAUCAAUUUUAGAAAAACAUUUUAAAAUAAAUGUAAAUCGUUUUCAGUGUGUUUAACUAAUUUUAAA